AUGGAUCAAAAAAAUCCACGACCAAGCUGUUGUAUCUCUUCUGCGUUUCCUACACCGACGGCAGUCACCUGUCAAACACAAACAACUCAAAUGGCGUCUACAAUUAUUUCUCCACCAACCAAUAGCUAUGUGCUGACGUCUAGUAACCUGAGACCUGUUACCAACUACACCCUCGUGGCUAGUUCACAGGUACCUGUCACCCAACAGUAUGUAGUCCAGUCAAAUACUCGAACAACUAUACCUCAGUAUGUCAACACAAACAACGUUAAGCAUAUUGUGUCACCCAGCACUCAACAGUCAAAUGUUACUUACAUGUUGCCAUCUGGUGCUCAUAUUGUCAGGAUGAACAAUGUUGUAACUACCACUGUAGCCGGAGAACAAAAACCUAAUACACAAUACAUUUUAACAUCAAGUACUCAAAAAACAAAUUCUAAUAUUAAAUCGCCUUUAGGAACACAAUCUUCUAUAACAAGCCUUUCAAUUGACACCAAAAACAAUUCUGGGUCAAGUGUUACGGUGCCUAGAACAGUUGGUGUAACCACAUGUACAUCUCCAAUAUUUCAAAGGACUGGUAUGAAUUUUCCUAGAUUGAAUGCUACAUACUACAGCCAAAUAAAAGGAAAUGACACGACAAAGAUUUCUUUUCGACCUAAGCUGAAUGAACAAAAACCCGGCACAAGUUAUAUACUAACAUCAAAUGAUUGGUCCCGCACUAAAAAUGUUCCCAUAUCAAGUAUACAAAAAAUUAAUACAAAUUAUAUGCAAAUACCAUUAAUUCAAAAGCCUGGGACUGUGUUAUCUACUAACACUUUAAGAUCUAAUGUUGAUACCCAGCAACAAAAAUCUCAGCAUCAAUCAAUUCGUUCAGUAAUUUUGCCAUCAAAUUAUCGAACGACUGUUUCUCCACAGCAAGGCUCUGAUUGUAAAUUAGUUCUAAACUCAAUUAAUGCAACCCAAGGAAAUAGUUCAACUGAUAGUAAACCUAGCACAUCAAGUACUCCAGUUUCAAAUAUUCAACAGCACAAUACAAAUUAUAUGCAAAUACCAAUAUCUCAAAAACCUGGAACUAUACUUACUCGUAAUAAUUCGCAACCAAAUAUUGAGAAUAAUAUACGAAUUGGACAACAUCAAACUAUUCGAUCAGUAAUUUUACCAUCAAACUAUCGAGCAGCUAUGGUAUCAUCCCCACAAAGAGGUGUUGAUUAUAGAUUAAUAUUAAAACCUGUAAAUAUUCAAUCACAAGUAAUAAGAAAUUUGCCACCUCCUCGACUUCCAGGCCCACGAAAUAAUUCACCACGAAAUGCUUCCCCGCGACAAACUACACAACGACAAACAUCACCACGACAAAGUUCCCCACGGCAUAGUUCCCCACGACAAAGUAUUCCUAGACAAACUUUACCGCGGCAAACACCACCUUCUGUACGUCCAACUUCAUUCCCGACCCGUAUUCCUUUUACUCGUCCAUCUGUAUCUAGAAUUCAAAGUGAAAUAAUUGCCAAUUCAAAAAUUUUUCCAAUUCCACUAAGUAAAAGAAAUAGCCAUUUAGUUAUUACAGAAAGAUCUAUACAAAUUUGUAUGGAUGAAAUCAAUAGUAAAUAUAAUAAAGAUAAUCCAAAUCCAGACUUAACUCAUGAAGCAAUGAUAACUGUGCAAGCUGAAGUUACUUAUAGGUUAUUUUAUUUGUUAAGGGAAUGUAAAAAAUUUCUUAUAAGAAGUCGUUCAAAUAUUUUAACUGAAGAAGCUGUAAGACAAGUAUGUGCUGAAUAUUUCGGUACAUUUUUUGGUAACAAAUUGUGGCCAUUAUUCUGUUUAAAACGGACUGAAGAUGGUUUAUAUUCUGAUAAUGAAGAAAAUAGAGUUUGGACGAGAAAACAUAAUAAUGUUAAUCUUAUAGGAUGGUUAAAACAUCCAAAAUUUCGUAAUCCAAGUUACGUUAAAAAACGUUCUUUGGUGAAUUUGAGAAACACAAAUCCUUUAUUACCUAAACUAGAAAAUAUUUCUGAAGAUAUAUAUGAACAAGGGUUACAUUAUCAUACAAAUCAAGAAUCUACUCUGACAUUCUUUCAAUCUUCAUCUAAAAAUCAAGUAACAACAAGGAAAAUAAUUUCAAAAACACAUGAAGAUGCAUUUAGACCAUCAUCGCAUAAGUUUAUGGACAUUCCAAUAGAAAAUCAAAUGCUUUCUACAAGUAAACAAAUAUCAUCAACAAUAUUUCAGUCUCGACAAACAGAGUAA